AUGGCCUCUAUUCAUCAUAGGCACAACUAUAUCUCGGGGGUCUAUGUUGAGGGCUGUUCUUACAACUCAGUUGAUGAUAUUAGAGAGCAUGUAUAUCUGUUCUACAAGAAGCUUUUCAGUCGUCAAUUUCACUUGCAAUUUAUUUUAUCUGAUCUCCCUUUGCAAGUCCUUGCCAGUGCCCAAUCAGAUAGUCUCAUUAAGGGAUUUACGGAAGAGGAAGUUUUUGAGGGGCUUUGUAGUUGCGGUUUGGUUCCUUUUGGCUUGAAUACGGCUUUCUUAGUUCUUGUGCCUAAAUUUAAAGGUGCGUGUGAUGUUAAAGACUUUCGGCCAAUAAGUUUGAUUCAUGGGCUCUUUAAAUUGGUUUCGAAAGUUCUAGCUGUUAGACUUGCCGCUGUUUUGCCGAACAUCAUUUCGAAAAAUCAAUUUGCUUUCAUGAAGGGUCGUAAUAUUGGUGAUUGUUUUAUGAUUGCAUCUCAAAUUCUUCAUCUAGCUAAGAAGCGAAAGGAAGAGAUCAUUCUACUGAAACUAGACUUUCAAAAGGCGCUUCUUCAAUUCAGCUCAGCUCUCGGUUUUAAUAAACGGCAGCCCUUCAAAGAAUUUUGGAUGGAAAGAGGUGUUAGGCAAGGGGAUCCGUUGUCUCCGAUGUUGUUUGUGAUUGCGGUGGAAGGUUUAAAGGCGCUUUUUGAAUCGGCAAAGUCGAAAGGUCUCCUGGAGGGUGUCAAGUUAGAAGGUUAUAGUGAAUCCAUAUCGCUACUUCAAUUUGCGGAUGAUACGCUAUUAUUCAUUCCAAACAACGAAGUCAUGCUUCGUAAUACUUUACGUAUCCUUCGUUGUUUUGAGUUAAUCUCAGGACUGAAAAUAAACUUCCACAAGAGUUCUAUGGUGGGUGUAAACGUUUCGAACUCUUCCCUUCAGAAUGCUUCUAUGCUAUUUAACUACAAGUUAGAAUCUCUUCCUAUGACUUACUUGGGGUUACCUCUUUCUAUCAAGCCUAUUAAAGCUGCUCACUGGAAUGAGAAUGUUAAUGCUUUUAAAUACAAAUUUUCUCUCUGGAAAGGUCAUCUCUUAUCUCCAGCGGGUCGUUUGGUUUUAGUUAAAUCGGUUCUUUCGAGCUUGCCGGUCUAUUUUUUGAGUUCUUUGGUAAUGCCUGCGGCAAUUGUUGUUCUGUUAGAGGGUUAUAUGCGCAGCUUCUUAUGGCAUGGUUCUUUUCAAAAAACAGGUAUGUGCAAGAUAGCUUGGAGUAAGAUUAUUACGGACAACCCUUCAUCUUUAUGGCGCACGGUCAUUGCGAAUGGUUCAAAUAUUUCAUCUUGGGCUGAUUUGAAUUCAGUAAAUAGGAAUGUAAAUUCUGUUUCGCAUAUUUGGAGGGGAAUCUUAAAGACCUGCAUUCUUGAUUUGAGUAUUUGGGAGUUUUAUAAAUCUCAAACUUCUAUUUCUAUUGGAGAUGGGUUUUCAGUCAGGUUUUGGUAUGAUGCUUGGACUGGUUCUGAGCCUUUCACCACCUCAUUUCCCGAUUUAUUCAGGUUAUCUAUGAAUCAAAAUGAAAAAGUAGGUGAUGUCUUCGAUUUGGAGUUGCUGUCCUGGUCUCGUUUCAACUGGCGAAGACACCUAAGACUUGGGGAACAAGAACAUCUUCUGCAACUGCAGAAUUCUGCUGCUGCUGUAAUUUGUUCAAGACGGCAGGACAGAUUUAUCUGGCAAGGAAAUAAUGCAGGUUACACUCCAAAAACUUUUAUCUCUGCUUAUGUGAGGUUUAAACAGCAUAAUACGUGGAAUUUCUCUUUUAUUCGGAGUGUUUGUGUUCCCCCUCGAGUUAGAUUUUUUGCGUGGUUGUUAAUGCAUAAUAGAGUAUCUUCGACUACUUUUUUAUUUCGGCGUGGCAUUAUUAAUAUCGAGAGUUUGAAUUGUUCGUUUUGUUCGAGAAUAGAGGAUACAAAUCACAUCUUUAUCCAUUGUGAAUUUGCUUGGAAUUAUUGGAAUACCAUUUUUAAUGGUUGUGGUUUGUUAUGGGUGUCUCCGAGUUCGAAGGCUCGAAAUAGAAGAAUUUUUAAGAAGGAGAGUACAGACAUUCCAUGGUUGGUAAAUUCAAGCAUUUCUAAGGCGGUGAAUUUCUACAAGAGUGUUCAUAGACAAUUUCCUUAUUCGUGUCAUGAUCUCCAUAAUCGGGUUUCAACUCUUUUGUUCCUUUCUAAAAGACGAAUUGUUCAUUUGGAUCCAGGAGUGGUAUUUGUGGUAUGGGGGAAACUCAAUUACACCUGUUUUUGCAAUGUGUUUAUUCUAAUUUGGUUUGAAAUUUAG